CAGCUGUGUUCACGCCAAGUCAGUGAGAAGUUCACCAUCAAGUGUUCACCAAAUUUAACUGAUAAUGCUGUGUUUGCAGUUUGAAAUGUACAUGUACCAACAUUGACAGUGGCUGACAAUUUUUGGAAAUCUUCGAAAAACAUACAUGUGUGAUGUGUGAUAAAGAUCUUACCGACUCAUUGCAACUAGAGGUACACACUGCCUAGGACACAUACAGCGGAGUAAUAUGUGACAGGACUUCUCGGCUAGCGUUGUUUAUCAUAACGUCAAAGACGAAACAACAAUGACAGAUACGUGUGAUGAACCUGUCAUGUAUGUGUCAAAUAUAGGGGAGUGUGUUGUCUCCCCUGAUCCUAACCAUGAUGGAACACAUGUGAGUGACACAUGUUUCCAGUGCGAAACCUGUAACGAAGACUUUGACGAUAUGUUAAAUUUACAAGUUCAUAUGAAGACGCAUGCGGAGGAACAACAAUUAGAGCUUAAUGUAUAUGGUGGGGAAUUCGCUGACGCUCCGGUGGCUCAUGUGGCGGCACGCACACUGUACACGUUCAAGUGUAAUGUUUGUAGCAAAGAGUUCACCAAGAGAGGAAAUCUUUCUACACAUCUCAAGACACAUACAGAAGUAAAGCCUUUCAAAUGUGAUGUCUGUGGUAAAGACUUUAGGCUGAGGCAUCAUUUAGAGCGCCACAUGAGGAUACACACGGCAGGGUGGCCCGACACCGGUGUAAACCAUAAAUCAGCCAAGUGUGACGUCUGUGGUAAGAGGUUUGACUGCCCGUCUAAAUUGGAGAGACACUUCAGAACACACUCCGGGGAGCGACCGUAUCUGUGUGGUGUGUGUGGUAAGGGGUUUAGUCAAAACCACAUCCUGCAGUCCCAUCUCCGGACGCAUACCGGAGAAAAGCCGUGGGAAUGUGAGGAAUGUGGGAAAUGUUACAUGUCUUCCUCCAGUCUACGUGUACAUCAGCUGUCACAUAGAGACGAGAGACCGUACGAGUGUGGUGUUUGUGGUAAGGGGUUUAUAAGUGGACACCUUUUAAACAGACAUCUUACUAUACAUACAGGGGUGAAGAAAUUCAACUGUGAUGUCUGUGGUAAAGGGUUUAAUCAUACAACACAUCUACGAGUUCAUCUUGGGACUCAUAAAAAAACCCAACCCAGCAAAUGUGAGGAGUGUGGAAAGUUAUAUAGCUCACCAUCUGGUUUAUGCAAGCGCCGGUUUUUGCACCAAGAAGAGAAACCGUACGAGUGUGAUGUUUGUGGUAAGGGAUUCGUAAGUGAGAGCCAUCUAACGAGACAUGUUAUGAUACAUACAGGGGAAACGCCACACAAAUGUGAUAUCUGUGGGAAAGGAUUUCGUCAAGUACGAUAUCUCCAAGUUCAUGUCAAGACACACACAGGGGAAAGGCUGAACAAGUGUGAAAUCUGUGGGAAAGAAUUUAAUAGAAAAGAUCGUUUUCAAACUCACUUGAGGACACAUGUACUGGAGAAAAACCAUACACCUCAGGGCUCAAAGUGGCGCCUAUUUUAGUGGCCAUGGCACCUUAGUUCAACAUUAGCGACCAUUUAUUGACCUAUAUAAGGCACCUGAAUGACACACAGUAAGAUGCACAAGUAGGACACACAGGGAGAUACACGAGUGGGACACACAGUAAGAUACACGAGUGGGACACAGUAAGAUACACGAGUAGGACACAGUAAGAUACACGAGUAGGACACACAGUAAGAUACACGAGUAGGACACACAGUAAGAUACACAAGUAGGACACACAGUAAGAUACAUGAGUAGGACACACAGUAAGAUACACGAGUAGGACACACAGUAAGAUACACAAGUAGGACACACAGUAAGAUACACGAGUAGGACACACCGUAAGAUACACAAGUAGGACACACCGUAGGAUGCACAAGUAGGACACACAGUAAGAUACACGAGUAGGACACACAGUAAGAUGCACAAGUAGGACACACAGUAAGAUACACGAGUAGGACACACAGUAAGAUACACGAGUGGGACACACAGUAAGAUACACAAGUAGGACACACAGUAAGAUACACGAGUAGGACACACCGUAAGAUACACAAGUAGGACACACCGUAAGAUGCACAAGUAGGACACACAGUAAGAUACACGAGUAGGACACACAGUAAGAUACACGAGUAGGACACACAGUAAGAUACACGAGUAGGACACACAGUAAGAUACACGAGUAGGACACACAGUAAGAUACACGAGUAGGACACACAGUAAGAUACACGAGGACACACAGUAAGAUACACGAGUAGGACACACAGUAAGAUACACGAGUGGGACACACAGUAAGAUACACGAGUGGGACACACAGUAAGAUACACGAGUGGGACACAGUAAGAUACACGAGUAGGACACACAGUAAGAUACACGAGUAGGACACACAGUAAGAUACACGAGUAGGACACACAGUAAGAUACACGAGUAGGACACAGUAAGAUACACGAGUAGGACACACAGUAAGAUACACGAGUAGGACACACAGUAAGAUACACGAGUAGGACACACAGUAAGAUACACGAGUAGGACACACAGUAAGAUACACGAGUAGGACACACAGUAAGAUACACGAGUAGGACACACAGUAAGAUACACGAGUAGGACACACAGUAAGAUACACGAGUAGGACACACAGUAAGAUACACGAGUAGGACACACAGUAAGAUACACGAGUAGGACACACAGUAAGAUACACGAGUAGGACACACUGUAAGAUGCACGAGUAGGACACACAGUAAGAUACACGAGUGGGACACACAGUAAGAUACACGAGUGGGACACACAGUAAGAUACACGAGUGGGACACACAGUAAGAUACACGAGUGGGACACACAGUAAGAUACACGAGUGGGACACACAGUAAGAUACACGAGUGGGACACACAGUAAGAUACACGAGUGGGACACACAGUAAGAUACACGAGUGGGACACACAGUAAGAUACACGAGUGGGACACAGUAAGAUACACGAGUGGGACACAGUAAGAUACACGAGUGGGACACACAGUAAGAUACACGAGUGGGACACACAGUAAGAUACACGAGUGGGACACACAGUAAGAUACACGAGUGGGACACAGUAAGAUACACGAGUGGGACACAGUAAGAUACACGAGUGGGACACACAAGAAUUCUUAGAGUAGCUGUACUGUCAGACACAAAAUAUGACCUGGAAAGUAUGACACAUUCAGAAAAUCUUUAUUGAAAUCUGAAACAGAAAGAGUGAGGACAAUACAUUGUUUCAAGCAUAAAAUUCAAGUCAUAAUCACUAGAUAUGUAUAUAUAGUUUGAAGAUAGGUUUGCCUGCAAGCACACAGCAGUACUAUGCAUUGGCCUUCAGCUUGUACAUAUAUGUAUCACUGAGGAUACUUCUAAACAAUUACAAUUUCUAAAUUAUAAACAGAUUUUGUAUCUACAUACAUGUACAAAAAAAAAAUAAGCCCAAAAAAAACUUGUUUUAA